AUCGCUUUUAGUGUCAACGCGAGCAUUAACCGUAGUGGUUGUGUACCCAACCUCUUGCUUAGAACCUUUGUAAGAUAAAUCAUACGGAAAAUCACCAAAACAUACAAAUAAAUACUUGCAAUUAGUUAAAAAAUUAUUCACUCUUUGUAAUUUAUCAAAGUAACUCGUGCAAGGCAAUGUAUAUUAGUUAAUAUUGAAUUUAUCGCGCUUGUUUGAAUUGUCGUUUGUGGGAAUCGAUAUUAGGUGUUAUUAAUGAAAUUACUAAGGUGCUCCAAGUGAUAUUGUGUAGAACCUGUUCAAAAUCUCGUUAAAUUUAGAUGGUUUUAAUAUCGAUAAAGUAAAUAAAAAAAUGCAUAAUUUCCCCGUGGUAUAAUCGGUUCGAUACCGGUUAAGUUUUUUCCGCUGUUGUGCUCUUGAUAGUGCCAGUGUUAGUGAUAUGUGCAAUAAAUUAUUGUGAUUCACCUGAACACGAAGAAUUUCACCCCGAAUGCCAUCAAACAGGACUCGUAUGAAAACAGUAUUAUGUGAUAGUGAUCUGUGAACAUGGCGGCCAUUUUGAAAAUGUACAAUUUGACAGCUGGUGCAGUUUUGGCGCGAAUCUUCGUGCUGCUUUCGUUCACCGUGUAUUCCUCUUAUGGUGGUGGCUGCACCUUCCCAGCAGAAUGGACCGGCAGCUGGUUCCAGUCAGGCAUACCGUCGCUCAUAGAUAUCAACUCCACCCAUAUACAGAUGAAGGGAGAAUGUUCAGAGACUGAGUCCUACGACAAGUUUUUGUUGCAUGAUAGGACCUUUGACUGCUACAGGUGUAUGGUGAUACACGAAAAGCACAAAUAUGUUCUGCAGUACAAAGAAACUUACUGCAGUCAAAAAAACUCGCUCUCCUCAAUAUGUGACGAAAUCAGCGGUGAUGCUCCUCUCUACUCCAUGUUCCGGAAGGAUCCAGCCGCAGUUCCGCAGCCCUGUCCUUUUAGGCCGGCGCCGUUCACUUUCACUUAUAACCGUGGUUCCGGCGACUGCGUGUACCCGCCUUCGCGAGCGGAGUCGUGUACUGACGAUUCAAGACUGCUUCUGAGAUAUAUGGCAUGUCCCGAUGUGCCUGGUACCGAGAGUAAUGUUGAAGAGCUGGUCUGCCUGGCCACAUGGAAGGAAGGUUCCACAAGGUACCUAGUCGGGCAGAUCUCUCAAGUGCAGAGACGGAACACUAUCGCAUCUGAUGAAGAUACUUAUCGAUGCUUCAUCUACAAGGGCCUCCAUGGUGACAAGAGUACUUCCUACAUCAUAGCUCAAUCGGGUGAUGCUACCUGCAAUGGCUUGUCCUCACCGACAGAUGGCAGCAGAACUAUGAAACUAACUACAAGUGAUGAUGAGCACAACCGCUGUCAUUUCCCCGGAUGGAUAGUGGAGCACCACAAGUGGUUCAGUCUCGACCACACCCAUCAGUACCACUUUACUACCAAGAAUGCAACUCUCAAGAUAAUGAACUCGGACGGUUCAUUCGAAGAGAAGCGAUUGGUAUGUCAUUCGAUUUUGGAGCAGAAAGACAAGAAACAUAUAAAACUGGUCGCACACGUAACUAGGGGAUGUGAAUCCGGUCACAUUUGCCUCAAGUUCUAUCGUCGUGAGGGCAACGUGUUGGAGUUGCAACAAGGAACAAAUCUUUGGGAGUCGCCUCAAGACGCCUGCGCAGAGAAUACUCAACCGUCGUAUAUAACGCUUAUAACGACUUCACUAACACCAAUGCGGUGUCCUAUUCUCGGCCGAUACUCGAUCGUGAACUCGCUCGCCGAUCGUCGCAGGCGCAGACAACAAAUUGGUGACCCAGAUUCAGAAAGUAGUGAAAUGUCUGAAUGUGUGUCAGGGGAUUACGACAGUGCCAGCAUUGGGUGUGGCGCUGGACAGGAUACGAUUGAGUUUAAGUCCUCUUGUAGUAGUACUGUAUACACGUGCUACGGCAGCUGGCAAGAGAACGGGCGGGGCUUCCUGGUGGCUGCUCCCGUCUCCCGCUCUUCCUCUCAUCCCAGGACAUUCUGCUUCAUGUAUACCACCAGACCUGCCAAUGAGACCCGCGGAAGUGAAUCAGUGUCUCUUAGCGCCGUGAGCGUGUCGUGUGACAGACGAGCCAUUCCCGGACGACAUGGUGAUAAAGCCUACAACCUCACUUCUAAUGGUACAUGCGAGCAGAGCAGCAAAUACAAUAGCUUGGCUUUCAAAAUGGCGCCGGCGGCCAUUUUGAUAUUUGCCCUUUCCCUGACAGCUCUCAGGUGAUACACUGGCGAUAUCUAGAUAUGACUUGUCAUUCAACUUGGCCUAUAUUUUAUUUCAAUUAAAAUCAGAUUUGAUAUAUUAUCACUUUAUUAUUUGAUGAUAAUAAUAGCUUCUUAG